CAGUUAAAAUAGGCUCAGCGUUGACCGAGGCGACACCAGGACAGCACACGUUGAGGAUGGACGGCCUGCUAAGCUUUCUCUGCCUGCUUUGUGCCCUCGUAACACCAGGUCAUUCUCUUUCAUGCAUCUCAUGUAUGGGACUAGAUUCCUGCACGGGACCUUCUGAGACAUGUAUGCCUAAUUACAGUUGCGGCGUGGCCUAUAGAGAGACCACGGAAGGGGGAGUCAUCAAUAAAGGCUAUAUACAGUCAUGUGUGCCGACCAGCAAGUGUAAUAAAGUGGGCAGCAUCAGCUAUACCGGCGGCACAAUGAAGAUGGGGAUUUCAUGCUGCAACACUGAUAACUGCACUGCAACUCUACCCCAAUUGCCAGCCACCAGUUCCCAGGCCAAUGGACUUGUUUGCCCAUCAUGCCGAUCGCAGGUCUUGUGUGAUCAACAGGCGAAUAUACAAUGUACUGGCAGUGAGCAAACUUGUGUUUUUCAACCUUCCUCAUCAGGAACUGUGAUGGGCUGCGCAACUUCAACCCUUUGUGACGUGGGAGACUAUUCCUACGGAUCUGGAAGUAACUCUGUAGUAAUACAAUUUCUUUGUUUCCCUGCAACCAGCAGCACUGCAACAGGCACCUCAUGUGUUGUCUGCCAAGCCAGCGACUCCAUAACAUGUACCUCCUCAUUAAGUGUAAUCCCUCCAAAUUCCAAAUGUGCAUCCGCUUACGUGAUAACCACCACAAAUGGAGUGAAGUCAUACCAAGUCAUCCGAUCUUGGUCUCCUGUAAGCAAGUGUAACAUCGCUGGUUCCAUGACUGUGGGUGGCACCAAGUUAUCGAUGGGUAUAAGUUGCUGUGAUGGAGAUGGCUGUACUCCAUCAAUACCAGAUUCAACAUCUACGAGCACAGUAUCAAAUGGUGUGCAAUGCAAAACAUGUGCAUCUUCGAGCUCCGGCUCCUGUGAGACUGCGACCACCAUGACCUGCACCGGACAAGAGAACCUGUGUAUGACCUAUGCGCAGACAACCACAACUGGAAGCAUCUCUUCUACUUCAUCGGUUCGAGGAUGCGGUACGAAAUCCCUGUGUGAUGCUCAAAACCCUUCCAUUACUAUGAAUUAUAAGACUGUUGUAAAUAACUUCAUUUGUGAAAACUAUCCUAGCAAUGGGGGAAACGUCAUUACUGCUCCAAGCACCGGGGGAGUCGCUUUUCUUCUCUUUUCCACCCUCACCGCCAUGCUUAUCCUCCACCAGUUUAAUAGGGAUGCCUAAACAUCUUGGGACGCCAGCUUGUGAAAACAGGAACGGUCAUUGGAGGAUGAAUUCAGGGAAACAAUAAAUGUAUAUUGCUAGGGCUGAAAGUUCAAAGUCAAACUGGCCUUAAAUUAGACAUGUGCAGACUGGAAUAUUUCGUUUCGUUUUUUCGUUUUCGUUUGGAAAAUAAAUUUAUUUAGUUA